UGCUGAACGUUCGUGCCGCAGAGAGACCAAGCGAUUCCGCCACUGAGCUAACACACCGACCACUAUUCCCGUUUCUAUACAAAAUACUACAAAUAUUUAGCGAGUGCGCGUACAAUUUCCAAAUUCCAAUCAGAUUGUGACAAAGUGUCCAUAACAAUAUAUCGCCCAAUCCCAUAUAUAUAUAUGUAUGUAUGUGUGUGUGUAUAUGUAGAUAUGUGUUGAGUUCGAGUUGAAGAUGAAACUUGCAGUAAAUUGCUAUCGAAAAGCCGACGGAAAAACACAAUCGUGCAAAUAAUUGAAGCAAUCCAAUUCAGGAAAAAAAAAAUAGAAAAAACUGACUGAUCAGCAGGCUUGAACGUUGCCGUUAUCGUUCCCAUUACCGUUACCGUUACGCACAGUGCGACAGGGCGAGCGACCAUGGGUCGAAUUACACGCGCAUGACAUAUCAUCCAUAUUAUUUGGCCAACUGGCGCCAAAAUACAGAACACACUCUUCUAAUUUCCACCCAUUCCAACACAAUGUUUGAUACGUGCUAAGCAAGGAGCAGACCAAGAAGCAGAAGUAGAAGAAGAAGACGAAGCGGCAGCAGCAGAUAUAAUAGAAAUUCAAUUCAAUUCAAAUCCAAAACAAAACCAAACAAACGACAAAUUCUGCAUUCUUGAUAAGACAUCACUUGCCCAAAGGUUUUUGUGUGCAAUGCGUAGUGACUUCAAGGAUAAUCACCAGGAGACCAUCAAUAAAAUGAUACAAUUUGGUACCGUUAAAUAUGGCAUUGUCAAACAGCUGAAGGAUCGCGCCAGAAGCGCCGAGAAAGACAUAGCAAGUGAUCAGGAGGAUAAUGGCGCCUGCUCGCCGCUGACGACUGCGACGGCCAGCGCCAGUCCGUUGGGCAACAGUCCGUGCCCCAGCCGCAGCAGUCCGCAGCCUCGGAGCGAGGACGAGGCGGAGCGGGAGACGGCUGUGCCGGCAGCCGGGAAGCAAUUGGAGCUGGAGAAGACAGCAGAGCUGGCCAACGAGGAGCGGCUAGAGGAUAAUGCGUAUGAGACAAUCGCAGAUCAUAAUCAUAACAACAACAACAACAACAUCAUGACUAAGCCGCCCGUUGAGCAGGAGAUGGAGACGAACGCGAACGCGAACGCAAAUGCGAAUGGCUCGAUGCCGAACUCACCCACAGCAGCGAGCUCAGCGCUGGAGGAGGAGGCGCCGGCGGCGGCGGCAGGUGGCCAAGCCAUAUGCCCCGAAAAGGAGAUGAGUGUGGAUGUUGAGAUGCAGGAGUCGGCAGCGGCAGAACGCAAGGUCUCGAGCACGCCGCCAGCGAGCAACGCUGCGGAUGGAGCCGCGGCAGCAGCGGCAGCUCAGCAAUUCGGCGCCACGCCUGUCACCCUGGAGGCCAUACAGAACAUGCAGAUGGCCAUUGCGCAGUUCGCGGCCAAGACGAUUGCGAACGGCGCCUCCGGAACGGACAACGAGGCGGCCAUGAAGCAGCUGGCCUUCCUGCAGCAGACGCUCUUCAAUCUGCAGCAGCAGCAGCUCUUUCAGAUCCAGCUGAUUCAGCAACUGCAAUCGCAGCUGGCCCUCAACCAGGCCAAGCAGAACGAGGACGAGCCCGACGAGGAGCUCGAGCCGGAGGAGCGCGAGGACGGCGAGACAGACACCUACGAGGAGGAGGAGCGCAUCGCCGACAUGGAGCUGCGCCAGAAGGCGGAGGCGCGCAUGGCCGAGUCGAAGGCGCGGCAGCAUCUCAUCAAUGCGGGCGUGCCCAUGCGGGAGCGAUCUCGAUCCCGAUCCACCUCGCCGGCGGCCUCGUCGCUGUCGACGUCGUCCUCCCAGAAGCGCCGGCGCACAGACGACGGCAGCGCCAAGCCGGCCAGCGGGCAGAGCGCGAAGCUCUUUGGCGAGCAGGACAGCACGCAGGAUGCGCUCUCCAAGCUCAAGGAGAUGGAGAACAUGCCACUGCCCUUCGGCUCCGAUCUGGCCUCGAGCAUCAUCACCAACCACGACGACUUGCCGGAGCCCAACUCCCUGGACCUGCUGCAGAAGCGCACCCAGGAGGUGCUCGACUCCGCCUCCCAGGGCAUCCUGGCCAACAACAUGGCCGACGACUUUGCGUUCGGCGACAAGGCCGGCGAGGGCAAGGGCCGCAACGAGCCGUUCUUCAAGCACCGCUGCCGGUACUGCGGCAAGGUGUUCGGCUCCGACUCGGCGCUCCAGAUCCACAUUCGCUCCCACACGGGCGAGCGGCCCUUCAAGUGCAAUGUGUGCGGCAGCCGCUUCACCACCAAGGGCAACCUCAAGGUGCACUUCCAGCGCCACUCGCAGAAGUUUCCGCACGUGGCCAUGAACGCGACGCCCAUACCGGAGCACAUGGACAAGUUCCAUCCGCCGCUGCUCGAUCAGAUGUCGCCGGACAGCUCGCCGACGCAGUCGCCGGCUCCGGCGCCCGGUCUGCCGCCCACGUCGACGUCCGCCCUCACACAGAUGCAGUCCUCGAUGUCGUUCGGCUCGAGUGCUGCCUUCCCGGGGCUGCAGGGCAUGUACCGCCCGCCCAUGGAACUGUUGAAGUCUCUGGGCGCGGCUGCUGGCAGCGCGGCAGGACUGCCGCAUCCCUUCUUCCCCCAGAUGCCAGGACUGGGUGCGGCACUGAAGCACACGCAGCAGCAGCAGCAGCAACAACAACAACAACAGCAGCAGCCAAAUCAGGAGAUGCCAACGGAUCUGCGCAAGUCCUCAGGUCCGAGCUCGCCGCAUGAGGAGGAAUCCGAGCACAUUCAGGUGGCCAAUCUGCCAGUGAAAACGGAGCUGAUGGAGGAGGAGCGACCGGAGAAUGCAGCCGAGCAGCAGGCAGCAGCUGACUGCGCCGAUUCGGACCCAGAGCCCGAGCCACUGCCGCUUGAGGUGCGGAUAAAGGAGGAGCGUGUGGACGACGAACAGGAGCAGGAGCAGGAGCAACAGCAGGGGCGGGAGCAAGAGCAGGGGCAGGACCAAGAGCGACUGCCCCAAUCGGAGGCGCUCAGCCGGCGCACGCCCACGCCUUCGGGCUCAACUGCCGCACAGAGCCCACCGCCCAUGCACCACCGCCACCAUCAUCACGCUCACCCCCAUUCCGGCGCAAUGCCCGCCUACCCGCCCGUGGUGCAGCCCAUCCAGCCGCCAGGCAUCCUGCACGCCCACUGCUCGCCCAGCUCGCAGUCGCAUCUCGAUCAGCUGCCGACGCCCGGACAGCUGCCGCCGACGAUGGCUCAGCGCGAGGAGUUCUUCGCGGAGCGGUUUCCCCUGAACUUCACCACCAAGACGCUGUCCCCGGAGCACCACUCGCCCAUACGCUCGCCCGCCGGCCACGCGCAUGCGCACAUACCGCGCUCGCCCUUCUUCAAUCCCAUCAAGCACGAGAUGGCCGCCCUCUUGCCACGCCCACACAGCAACGACAACUCGUGGGAGAACUUCAUCGAGGUGUCGAAUACCUCGGAGACGAUGAAGCUCAAGGAGCUCAUGAAAAACAAAAAGAUCACCGACCCCAAUCAGUGCGUCGUCUGCGACCGGGUUCUCUCCUGCAAGAGUGCGCUCCAGAUGCACUACCGCACCCACACGGGCGAGCGGCCCUUCAAGUGCCGCAUCUGCGGCCGCGCCUUCACCACCAAGGGCAACCUGAAGACCCACAUGGCUGUGCACAAGAUCCGGCCGCCCAUGCGCAACUUCCACCAGUGCCCCGUCUGCCACAAGAAGUACUCCAAUGCGCUGGUGCUGCAGCAGCACAUCCGCCUGCACACGGGCGAGCCGACGGACUUGACGCCCGAGCAGAUCCAGGCGGCCGAGAUUCGCGAUCCGCCGCCCUCCAUGAUGCCCGGACACUUCAUGAACCCGUUCGCAGCUGCCGCCUUCCACUUCGGGGCGAUGCCAGGUGGAGGAGGUCCUGGCGGUCCGCCCGGAGCCGGUGGCAUGCCCGGCGGCCCACACAACGGCGCCUUGGGCUCGGAGUCGUCGCAGGGCGACCUGGACGACAACAUGGACUGCGGCGAUGGCGACGACUUCGACGAUGCCUCCUCGGAUCACCUAUCCAACAGCAACGAUCCCACGGCCGAUGAGCGCCCGCGCUCGGGCGACGACUUCAAGUCGCUGCUCUUCGAGCAGAAGCUGCGCAUCGAUCCGACGGGCGUCGUGAACAUCAACAGCCAUCAGCGCCCCCACUCGGCGGCCAGCAACGCCAACUCCAUUGGCUCCGCCUCGGCCUCGCCCUCUGCCCCGACCAGCCCGAGUGAGCAGCCGAAGCCGAGCUGCUCGCCUGUGCGCUCCAUCUCGGAGACCUCGCAGGGCGCCCUCGACCUGACGCCACGCGCUGUGCCCCCGCCGGCCGCCUCCUCCAGCUCGCGCUCCCCGCUGCCGCCUCCUGCCGAGCGCAAGGAGAAGACAAUCAGCCCGCUCAGCCAGCAGCCGCCGGUGCGCAGUCCGAACGGCCCCGCCUCGCUGCUCUCCGCGCAGCUGCCGCCUUCGGUGGGCAUCGACUGCCUGCCGCCCGGCCUGCAGCACCACCUGCAGCAGCAGCACCAGCAUCUCAUGCAGCAGCAGGCCGCAGUGGCCGCCGCAGCAGCCGCCCAGCAUCACCACCAUCAGAUGCAGCAGCAUGCGGCUGCCCUGCACCAGCAUCAGGAGCAUCUGCGUCGCGAGGCGCAGGAGGCGCAGCAGAAGGCCGCCGCAGCCGCUGCCGCUGCAGCAGCAGCAGCCGCCGCCCAGCGUCAGGCCUCGCCACAGCCCGCGCCCCGCUCCGGCGAGUCCGCGGUCAGCGGCCCGCCCGCCCCACCGAAUCCACUGAUAACGGCGCGGCCACCCUUCGGCAUGUUCCCCAAUCUACCGAUAUUUCCGCCCGCCACCACGCAGAACAUGUGCAAUGCGAUGAACCAAAUCGCGCAGUCCGUGAUGCCAGCCGCCCCCUUCAACCCGCUGGCGCUCAGCGGCGUGCGCGGCAGCACCACCUGCGGCAUCUGCUACAAGACAUUCCCCUGCCACUCGGCGCUCGAGAUUCACUACAGGAGCCACACCAAGGAGCGGCCCUUCAAGUGCAACAUCUGUGAUCGCGGCUUCACAACUAAGGGUAACCUCAAGCAGCACAUGCUGACACACAAGAUUCGCGACAUGGAGCAGGAGACCUUCAGAAAUCGUGCAGUAAAAUGAACGAAUGGAGCGACGAUCGAGAAUAAGUUAAUUAAUUAUCGAUAGAUUGAUCAACAGUAAUCCAAAUAACGGCCCCUGGCCGUGAAAAU